UAUGUAUUAUUUAGCAACUCCAACAAGUAUAGAGAAAUACACUUAAAAAAAUAUAUUCUAAGAUCCUAUAAUGGAUAUGUUGAAGAAUAAAAGUCCAAUGUCUGAUAGAGACAUGGUGGGACCAAAGUUUUCAUUAAAGAAAUUAUCAGAGAUGAAAACUUAAUCAUGUGAGCAGAGUUAGAUUCAGAAUAUUGAACCGUCAAGAUUUGAGAAAUUCUAUCAAUCUAUUAAACCUUAAUAGGGAUAAAUGAAGCUUGAAAAUAAAAUACAAUAAAAGAGAGUAUUUGUAGAACCAAAGAAGAAGAAAUCAAAUUUGAUUUAACCAGAAUUAAUGAGUAAGUAGGAUAUAAUAUAUUAAAUGAAAAUGAUGAAACAAAGAAAUAGAAUUCGUUAAGAAUAAAAAUACGAUUUAAUUGACAGUAUGAAAAAGGAAGUUAAAAUGGUAGUUACAAAAGAUGAAAGAAUUUUAAGUAAAUUUUAAUAGUUAGAGCAAAAUAGAAUUGACACAUCUCUAAUAUUAGGUAAUAGAACAGGUAGAAGCUUUGAUAAAACAUUAUACUAAAGAUCAAAUAAUUUUAGAUAAAAAUAUGAAUUGAAUCUGGCUUUGAAUGAUCAUUUAUUAUAAGAUAAGAGAAUUUGGUAUCGUUAAAUUAGAAAAUAGGGUGAUAGCCUUCAUGAGAAUAGAAAUCUAUAUUCAAUUGAUGAAAAAUCAAAUUAUAUGGAUUCAACAUAAGUUGUUGCAGACAUAUAUACUAAUUUCACUACUCAUUAUACUCCAAAAUAGCAAUUCACAGAAAUCAUAAAAGUCAAUUAAAAAAUUAGUUAACCCUUAUACAGUAAGAAGACUUAAGAUAAUUUAAAAUAAAGAUUAUAAGAAGUAAACCCCGAUUCUCCUCUGUUGUCAUUCGAUCACAAAUAAGAAAUUUCAUUGUAGGGAAUUAGCAAAUUUGAUAGAGAAUUUGAAAGCGUAUUAUAGGAAGAUGAUAAUUAAUUGUAUCAUUUAGCUGAGAAUUGCGAUAAUAAAUAAGAUCAAAAAGAGGAUGUUAUAAUUGCUAAUUGGAAUCUAAAGAAAAAAGGCUAAACAUUUUAUCCUAAGUUAAUAAAGUAUGUUAUAUGA